AUGUCGCUGGUGCCACCUGGUGGCGCGGACUCGCCCAGUCCGAGACGCGCUGUCAGUCCACUGCUAGAGAUGCGCAGGCCGCACUGCACGCUCGCCUGCGACUACUGCGCCGCCAUCUUGGAAGACAAAUUUAAACGGAAUGCUGAUAUGAGGAAUCGAGGAACGUCUCCAUUGUCCGCAUCACCAAGACAAUCAUUGACGGGGGAACCGCCUUGGACAUUGCCGGAAGAUGAUCGUCCGGAUUUCUCAGCACUUAAAGAAAAUAUUCAGAAAAUAAACAAAGAUUGCGAGACGUCAACUCGUUUGGACAUGUUACUGACACAAGUGGAACAAUACGCGAACAACUUGGAAGCUCUAGUUGAAGAACGAACAUCAGACUAUCUAGAAGAGAAAAGGAAAUGUGAAGAGUUAUUAUAUCAACUGUUACCUAAGUCAGUGGCAUCACAGCUCAUCCUCGGUCAGCCAGUGAUGGCGGAGACGUAUGACCAAGUAACUAUCUACUUCAGCGACAUCAUUGGCUUCACGAAACUCUCCGCGGAGUCAACGCCACUCGAAGUUGUCGACCUACUUAACGAUUUGUAUACGAGUUUUGAUUCAAUUAUUGAGAAUUUCGACGUGUAUAAGGUGGAGACUAUAGGUGACGCAUACAUGGUGGUGUCUGGUCUACCGAUGCGUAACGGCAGCCGACACGCUGCGGAGAUCGCACGAAUGUCGCUAGCGUUGCUCAGAGCAGUGCGCGUUAAGACAGUACCACACCGGCCGGGGGAGAGGCUGUUGUUAAGGAUCGGGAUGCAUACAGGGCCCUGUGUGGCGGGCGUUGUGGGGUUGAAAAUGCCUCGCUACUGUCUGUUCGGGGACACGGUCAAUACCGCCUCGAGGAUGGAAUCGCACGGCGAAGCUCUUAAGAUACACGUCAGUCCAAAGACUAAGGAGAUACUAGAUUUGUACGACUGCUUCGAACUUGAAUGUCGAGGGGAAAUCACUAUGAAGGGUAAAGGCAAAAUGGUUACAUAUUGGUUAAUAGGUGAAAAACCGAAUGAAUCAAGAGAUACCGAAAUAAAUUGUAACCAAAUUACACAAACCAAUCCGAGCAUAACAUUCCAAGGGCCUGACAGUCCUGCUGCACAUUCUCUAACACACAGCCAAAGUCCUGAACGUAACGGAACAAAGGACACAAGCAAAAAUACACCAGAAGAAUUAGUCAGCGAGAGAGAUCGCAUCAAACAUGAAAUAGCAACAUUCGUCGCUAAAGAUCUGAUUAAUAACAUAGAUAACGCUGUUAAAGAAUUUAGAAAAUCACAAAGCGCUACCUUUAACCCUUCAAACGCUAUCAAAAAUAUAUGCAAUGGAAAUGAAAAGGGCCUAAUCACUCCUACAUACGAUAAAGAAUUGGUUAUCAGUAAAGGAAAAGUACGUGAUGUCGUUAAUAGAUUCAAUAGCGGAGUUAAUGCGGACACUUCAAAUAAAAGUAAAACAAAAUUAGUAUAAAGAGUUAACAACGUCUAUUCA